AUGGCCAUAACACCAUCCACACCAAAACGCCGUGUGAGGCACUCCCUCCCCGCGGUUCUGAUGCGCGCCGGUACCUCCAAGGGCCUCUUCAUCCACCGGUCUCACCUCCCGCCGACGCAAGACGAGUGGGCGACCCCCCUCCUCGCGGCGAUGGGAUCGAGGUACAAUGACGCGCGUCAGAUCGACGGCGUCGGUGGCGGUAGCAGCGUGACCUCCAAAGUCGCCGUCGUCGCCCCCUCGAGCCGGCCCGGCGUCGACGUCGAGUACACCUUCGUCCAGGUCGCCGUCGGUAGCGAGACCGUCGACCUCAGCGGCAACUGCGGUAACAUCUGCUCGGGAGUCGGUCCCUUCGCCGUGCAAGAGCGGCUGGUGGCACCGCCGCCGGGGGCUCGGGCGGUGGACGUGCGGAUCUUUAACACCAACACCUCGAAGCUCAUCGUCGAGACCGUCCACCUCGACGAGGACGGCAACGUGGAGGAGGACGGGGACUGCUUGAUCCCCGGCGUCAGGGGUUCUGGCAGCGAGAUCAAGGUUGCCUUCGUCGAGCCCGUGGGGAGCAUGACCGGCAAGCUGUUCCCGAGCGGGGAGCGGUCCGAGAAGAUCGUCGUGGAAGAAGUCCGCGCGCUGGGAGACUUCGCGGUGGACGUCACCCUAAUCGACUCGGCUAACCCUUUCGUCUUCGUCGACGCCCAGAGCCUGCCUGCGCCGCUUAGGGACCAGCCCGCAGAUUCCCCACUGGCUCUCGAGGUCGCCGAGGCCAUCCGGAGACGGGGGGCUGUCCGGAUGGGUCUCGCCGCCACCAUCGAGGCUGCUGGUCUGGUCAGGGGAACGCCGAAGCUCGCGUACCUUUCGCGGCCAUCUGCCGACGACAACGCGACGGCCAAGGAAGCAGCGGAUAUCCGGGUGCAGGCUUAUAGCAUGGGCAAGCCGCACCCCAGCCUGCAACUGACCGGCGGCGUCACCCUGGCGAGCGCCGUCAUCACGGAGGGAACGGUGGCGCAUCGCAUCGCAGGCGGUGAGGGAUCGACUUUGCAGACGGAGGGCAUACCCACGCCGAGGAGGACGCCGAGUCCGGUAGAGGGAGCCCUCAAGUUACCGACAGGAGAGGUUCUCGGCGGCUCGCUUACCGGCGAGCACAACGCGGGCCGGACCGUCCGGAUUCAGCAUGGCAGUGGCACAAUGGACGUUGAAGUCUGGGCCCACGAGGACGCAGAGGGAGUUGCGGUGGACCGAUGCGUCGUGACGAGGACGGCGCGGCGGCUUUUUGAGGGCAACGUCCUGUAUUACUCAUGA